AUGAGUCAGGCGCUCGCGUCGCCGCACGUGAUUUCGUCCCAAGUGAAACCCGUCGCGGUCGAAGCGUGGCCAUUGUUUCGCGACCUCGCUGCCGACAUGUCCGUUGUGCACAUGCGUAUCGGACUCAUCGAACGGUCUGACAACGCAGUCCGCAUCCGAAAGAAGCUCAAGCUCAAGUACCACUCGUACGCGGUCGCACUCGCGUUUGCUGUCGCGACGUGGAAAGCUUAG